AUGUCUCAUUCCAAGCAGCCCAGGAACCAAGGGAAAAGGAAAGAUGGCAAGAAUAGGCCCAGAGGAGGAGCCAGAGGAGGAGCAGAGAGCUCUAUUGGGGACCCUUUUGCUCUCUCGGAAGAACGUCUGUCAUUGCUUGAUUUAGAGGGUGGCUUGAAUCAACGUGCAGUCGCACCUCUACUCCCUCGCUCAGCAAGCCAUUGCCAACCUCCCCUGCAUGGACGGCGCUCUGCACAGGUAUGCAGCGCGCCAGCUCAUCCAGGCGUGUCAGGCGGCGCUGCCACUAUGGUCGCUCUGCUCCCCACCUCUCAAACAUGCUCCAUCACUUCUACUCUCCCUCUUCUCCCUCCUCUCCCUCCUCUCCCCUCUGACAUCCUGCACCUCCUCUUCUCUCACCUUGACCCUCUCUCGCUUGCCCGAGCCUCUGCUGUCUGCUCCCACUGGAGGGACAUUGCAGCUGCUGCCGAACCUGACUGGGUGACGCACCUCGCUGCUUGCCUCGGUUCCGUGCCUGCUGCCGAGGCCCAAGAGAGCAGGGGUGGGAAGGGCCGGUUUGGAGGGGAGGUGCAGGAGAGACAGACGCCGUUGUGGCAAGAGUUAGUUUCUCGGUGUGCACAGGGCUCUACACUAUCCUCUUUACAGUCCAACCGGGUACUGUGUAAAGAAUGCAGCAUGGUGGCAUGGACACCCAAUUCCGCCCCCACACCUCCUCCUCAAGCUACUACUCCCUCCACCCCCUUGGAUGCACCAUCACUAGCCACAGCCACUCUCUCGUUUUCUCAGUUUUCCCGGGGCAAAAAUAAGGGCAGGGGUGGUAUUGCUACCCUAGGGAAUAAUAGUACAGGCAUGGGUGUAGGUGCUGUUGCUUCUGGAAGGGGAACGGGAACUGGAGCUUCUCGUGUAGCCAGCGUGCCUGGUGGUUCUUCUGCCGCAGCUGGCAGGGCGUGUAAAGCAGGAUGCGAGGCUGUGGACGGGCGUGAUGCAGUAGAUGGCACAACGAGACGGGGGUACCAUUUGCAGCAGCACGCGUGGAAACUUGCCGGAACAAUAAAGGUUGUUGCAUCCCUGUCUGACGAGUUUGAGGGAGAGGAGUCCAGUGACGAGGAUGGGGAAGGAGGUGGUAGAGCUGGUUACCACCACCACUCCAAUGGAUCUUCUAUGUCGCGCUUUUGGUAG